AUGAGUGUUCAAGUAAACUUCAGAGGGUUGCCUCCCCACGUACUGGAGGGUGUUUACACGAAGCCAGAGCAAAGACCGAGGUCAUCAGAGAAAGUCCUUACACCUCUCACCUUUCCCAAAUCCAAGGUUGCCCUCUGGGACCCCAGUCCUAACGGGGAUGUCGUUAGCCUUCACGUGUCUUAUUACAGGAACCCCAGGCUUCUUGUGGUGGAAAAAGCGAUUCGCUUGGCCCACCGCCAUGCUCGACAGAGUAACAAAGAAGUCUUUUCCUGUUUCCUUCUGGGAGCACUGGCAGUAGAUGAUGAUGAGGAAGGGGUGACUUUGACACUGGACCGGUUUGACCCAGGACGUGAGCAGCCUGGGUCCUCAGGAAAAUGUCCCACUGCCCUCUUACCUGGGGACUUCCUCGUGCCUUGCACUAUCAGCACACAGGGAGUUGUAUCCACUGAUACUAUGGUGCACUCUUCGGAAGACUUCGACAUCACCUUCAAGAUGCUCCAGCACAGCUGCUGUAGCAGAGGGGCCAUGGAGCUGUCGAAGUUGCUCACCCUGCGGGCUCACCUAGGCUGCUCCGAGCACCUGGAUAGUCUGAACUUCAGUCUCAACUGGGUGGCUGUUACAAUUGCCAAUACCCUGGACGCUGUCCCUGUGAGACCAGUGCCCAUCAUCCCCACAGCACUGGCCAGGAAUCUGAGCAGUCCAGGCAGCGUGGCCCAGCCGCUGCAUGGCGCCUGCAGAAAGCAGGGGUUUCUGACCAUGGAUCAGACUCGCAAACUGUUACUGAUACUGGAGUCAGACCCAAAGGCCUACACUCUGCCACUUGUAGGAGUAUGGCUGAGUGGGAUCACGCAUAUUCACAACCCCCAAGUGUGGGCGUGGUGCUUGAGGUACCUGUACAGCUCCUCCCUGCAGGACAGGGUGAUGUCAGAGGGAGGGGCGUUCCUGGUGGUGCUGUACUCGCUGACCCACAGGGAUCCUGAGUUCUACCAGUGCCAGCUGUGCAGCGGGCAGCAGGAGAUGGGCUUCCAGCUGCUCACAGGCACGGAGUCGCUCGCCCUGUACAAGAAUGUUGAGGUCCCGGACGGACGUCCUUUGCAGUUUGAGCUCAGCGCUGAGAGCCAGAACCAGGAAACGGAAUUUUUCAAGGAAGUGGCAUCCCGUGUUUCCUUCACCAGAACACCGGGGGCGUCAGGGGGAGCCUCUCCCCAGAACAAGCUGUCCGUCAGCGACCAUGACUCUGGAGUGGAGGAUGAGGACCUCUCUCCCAGACCGUCCCCCAACCCUCACCCCCUCGGCCAGCAGACAAGGCGGAUCCACCCAUCAGUACCUGAGCUCUCCUUGGUGAUGGAUGGCAGCUUCCUGGAUGGCAGAAAGGCUGCAGCUCAUGAGCCUGCUGUUCCUCAGGGUCGCUCAGCACCUGCUUCUCUGCAGCGCAGGGGUAGUGCUCCCACGCCUCACACCCAAAGCGGCUGCAGACCCCCCGGCCAGGUCCCCCACCUCAGCGGCCCGCCUCCUAUCAGACGGCCUCUCACUCCCGUCAUCCCCCAGGCGAAGGUCAAAGGGCACAUCAGCCCUGGGCAGCAGCAGCAGCAGCUCCAAUCGUGUACCGGCAGGAAGUCGGCCCCACCCACUGGGAGGAAGAGCACAGGAGGGUCCUCGACAUCCUCAGCCUCCUCUGCGUCAUCCUCCUCAUCUUCCUCUACACCAAAUGUGGGCCGCUCGCCAAACAGCUCCAUACAUCAGCACAGGCAGCACCCAAUCGCUGCAGCUGCUCCACACAGGGGUCUGUCGCCUACCACUCCUUGUCCCCCACACUCCUCCACUUCCCUGACCCCACCGUCAGGUUACCGCAGCCCAAGGCACAGCUCCGGCUUUCCCAAUCAAGCUCCCAUGCACCCUCACCACCUCAAAAACGUCCAUAACGCCUCCUCCCCAAACUCUGGAGGCUUACCCUGCAGCUGCUGCUCCCAUCAGCACGGUCAUACCCCUGCUUACCACAGUAGCCCCUGGCCAGGUGUGCCCAGCACUCCGGCCCCGCCCCACGGGGCCCCCAGCCAUCCCGGCGGAGUCUGCUGUCCUCCCUCUGAGAGCACCCCCCACCAUGACUGCUGUUGCUCCCCAUCCCACCAGCCCUUGGGCUGCCAGGCGUCUCCUCAUCAGAGUCCCGUGUGCGUCACCGGUAGCCCCGUCCACCACCUGUCCCCUCACGGGGUCUGCUCUCCUGUCAAGGAUGCCGGCACCCACACCCGAGUGCCAAUGGAAAAGCCUGUCUCUACCUGUCAGGCCCAGUGCUGCCAGGGACAGUCUGGUUGCCACUUCUUGCCAGCUGGUCCCACCCACACCUCAGCAGGUGGACCAAUGGGCAUCCUGCCUGCCGACGCCUACAGAAUAUUGGUGGAUCAGGACCGCCAGCUCAAGUUACUGCAAGCACAGAUUCAGAAGCUCCUGGAAGCUCAGGGUAAAGCGGGGAGCACCUCUCCUUCGUCCGCCACACCCCCUCCAGUGUCCACAGAGCAGCCCGCUCCGCAGCAAGAGAGGAGGAGCGUCAGUGUUGCAGUGUGCACUGGAGCCAGUUUAUUCUGGAGUCCUCCAGCAGAUGGCUCCGGUCAUGGGAGCAGCCUGCCCGAGCCACAGUGGCAGUGUGAAGCAGGAUCGGCAUGCGCUGCAUCCUCACACCGUGACAACAGCACGGACACCCCCCAGUUUAUCCACUGCACAGAGGAGGAGCCAAGGAGACUGAGCGCAGACACACCAAGCUUGCUGUCUGGAGUUGGAGGCCAGGGCUGUGAGAGCUCAGUGGGGGAGAGGGCCAGCAUGUGCUGUCCAGCUCAGUCUCCCAGUCGAGACAGUCAGCAAUGCCAGCAAGCUACAACUGUGGAGGAUGAGUUUUAUCACGAGUUACUGGGCCAGGUGAGCACUCGUCUGCAGAACUGUGUGAGUGUGGACGAAGGGGAAGAUGAGCAAGCCACGUGGGUCACCCACCCCAGAGACAGACAGAGCAUCUCGCCCCCAAAGUCGCAGCCCACGGGGUCCUCCCCCACGCCCCCUCGGCCCCACAGCCAGAAGAGGAACUCCAGCCCCAAACAGCCGGCGCAGGACCAGGUGCUGCAGGCCACACUGAGGCAGCUGAAGCAGCUCGGGGUGACCGUGGAGCUGGACUCCGCCCCCCCUGGCAUCCGCACCACCGUGGAGAGUGCCAGCACAUUGGCCUGCAUAAACCCCGAGGCGGUCGUUCCCAGGCUGGCUCUCUCUGAAUCUGUCGGGGCCAGCAUCUGGGGCCCUGGCGCAAGCACGGAUCUCAGUCUGGAGGCUAAUGCCAUAGCACUUAAGUACCUGAGUGACUCUCAUCUCUCCCAGUUCUCGAAGGGGGGUGGACCAGCAAGGGCCCUGGCCGCUCACAAUGCAGUGCUUUCGGGGAAGGCUGUAGUAGAAAAGAGUGCUGUGGGGCUGAGCAUAUUGUCUCCUAGCAACAUGUCCUUUGCCACCAAGAAGUACAUGAAGAAGUAUGGGCUAAUGGAGGGUGGAGAGAGCAGUGAAGAGGAGGGUGAUGUCCUGGACGAAGAUGGGGAGAAGAGAGACGAGCAGUUUAAAUGCUCAGGGAACUUUGCUGUCGCACAAGCCGAGAAAGGGGAGAGAAGCUUGGUCCUUAAAAACAUCACAAACGAGCCGGUCCAUUCCAUUCCCCUGCGCACCCAGAACUCUCCGGACACUCAGAGCCAGCUGCUAAGAGAGUUACGCCCCAAAAUGCAGCUCCUCUCCCGCAGUACCAGGAAGAGCCCCCAGAAGGAGAACAAUGCACCAGCAGCUCCAGGAAAACAGCAGCCCAGGCUAACAGAAACCCAUGGGGCUCCAGGGACAGAGGAAUCAGUGGGGAAUUUUCUAGACCUGAGCCGGCUCCGACAGCUUCCCAAGCUCUUCUGA